AUGAUUGUGGGUGGAGUGACGUUGGCUGGAAUUUUCUCACUAAAUAGCCAAACGGUCAUGUCUGUGGAGCCAUCAACGUACACGACCGAGGACCCCUCAAAACGCGGAUUUCGACAGUUUUCUGAUGUCGAAAUCCGAACGAUCUACGGUGCAUUCACUGCAGUAACGCUCUGUGCUAAUCUAGUAUUCGCUUGUGCGCCAGCACGUGAGAUCAAGGACUGUAUCGGGAAGAGAAAGGGAAGCGUACGAGUGUUACAGGAACGUUUCGCGAGGAAAUGUAUCAGAUCCAGAAGAAUCUUCAUAGACAAACGAAUGGUCACUUUGCUGCCCCUCUUCAUUCAUCUAGGAUUCUACACCGCCUUCUGGAUGUCGGUCUAUUCAACGUCAUUGGUGUUCACCAAAUCGCUCUCUGCUCACAUAUACCUGCCAGCUUUCUUCAGCAUGGCUGUUGGUACUGGGGAAGUUUCUAGGAUUGGCUGGUGCUCUCCUGAUGGCCGUUAG